UGUGCCGUGCCGUGCUGUGCCGCUCCAGGUGAAAGAACACAGAAAAGAAGAUGGAUUGGGGAACUCUGCAGGCUGUUCUGGGAGGUGUAAAUAAACACUCCACCAGCAUUGGGAAGAUAUGGCUCACAGUCCUGUUCAUCUUCCGUAUCAUGAUCCUGGUUGUGGCUGCAGAGAGAGUCUGGGGAGAUGAACAACAAGAUUUUGUCUGCAAUACACUUCAGCCUGGGUGUAGAAAUGUUUGCUAUGAUCACUUUUUCCCCAUCUCUCACAUCAGACUCUGGGCCCUGCAGCUGAUCUUCGUUUCUACCCCUGCACUGCUGGUGGCCAUGCAUGUGGCUUACACCAGGCACGAGAAGAAAAGGCAGUUUAGAAACGGUGACAAAAUUAAUAUCGAAGAGCUGAAAAAUGAAAAGAUUCAUAUUCGAGGUCCCCUGUGGUGGACAUAUACCUGCAGCAUCUUCUUCAGGAUCAUUUUUGAAGCAGUCUUCAUGUACGUGUUCUACUACAUGUACGACGGGUACCAGAUGCCUCGUCUGGUGAAGUGUGAUGCGUGGCCCUGCCCCAACGUAGUAGAUUGUUUUGUGUCUCGGCCUACUGAGAAAACCAUGUUUACUAUUUUUAUGCUUGCUGUAUCUGGGAUCUGCAUGAUGUUGAAUCUGGCUGAGUUUUGUUACUUAGUGUUAAAAGUUUGUCUGAAAGAUUCUGGGAAAAAAACAGUUUUAAAAUAAUUCCCCAGUUCCAUGAUUGCUUGGCUUCCCAGACCCCUUCAAAACUUACUUAGGCAUCAGAAAACAAUUGGCAAUAUUUUCAUACUUGAGGAAAAGGAUAAAAACAAAAGGGCAUAUUUUUUUAAUGAUAUCCUCUCUAGGAAGCUGCCAGAGAGGCAGGUUUUAAGAUCAUGAGCUAUUUUUGGUAUUCCUGUAUCCACGAAUAGAGAGAUCAGCCUUCUUGACUGCACCUUUUCCAAGUAUGCUUCCUGCUGUGAUGGUCACUUUUUGAAAAGUGGGAAUGAGAAGGUCUAGUGCCACACAGAGAGAAGGAUUGCAAACAAAUUGCAUCAAAUGAUUGUUGCCAAUGAGACAGGGCACUGUGCUUUCCUGCUCUUUUUCUCCCCAGCAUUCUGUGAAGAAUCUCAGUACGGUAGAUUUCAUUUGAUGAUGAGACUUUUUACUUGACUGGGCUUUCUUCAGCGGUGGUUUUCUGUGUUUUUUUUUUUUUCUUCCCAGUAAAGUCAAAAAACUACCUUGUUUCAUUCUGUUUUUUUUGUUUCUUUUCCAGAGGAAGUGCUUCAACACUUAGAGCACGAUAUGCAGCAGCUCAUAACUAUUGGUGCUGCAUCAGUCUUUUUUUUCCCUAUUCAUCCUGUAUAACUUUUCUUCAUAAAACUUUUAGUUCUGAUUUGGUGUACCUUUUAAGUAGCUGUAACAAACCACUCCCAGUCUCUGUGGCAUUCUACAUAAUGAGACUGAAACACCUUUUCUCUUGUUACAAUAGGAUGAGCAAGAAUUACAGGCAACUUGCAUAGCCAAAAUAGCAAAGUUUCCCAAUCAGAAGUCAGGGGGAUCUUGAAAACAUAAUGUUCACAUUGCUGAGUUGUGAAUUGUACAUUAUUAACUUGAACUAUGUGAGUCUGUCUCAUCUCUCCAGAGCAGUCUCAAAACAUAUUCUGCUUUAUGCCUGUCACUGGCAGCUAUAGCAGUACAUGCAGCAAUGCAAUGUACUUCCUUAGUGCUUGCCCACUGAAUACACUUCUAGUAAACCAACUCUUCCUCUUUAGCUUUACUAAUGUUCCUUUGUUUGGGAGGAAAGCUAGUUACCUUAAGUUCUCUUUUUUAGCCAUCUCUUCAAAUACUUUUGUCACUUCUGGAUAAACAAAGCUGCCCAUUUUGACUCAUUACCUCUCACUGUGCACUGGAAGUGGAGCACAAACAGGCUGCCGCUGCUUGUGUGCUUAUCCAGUGUUACAAUUUGACUGCAGAUGGAAGUUGUUCAUUAAACAUGGUAGCAGAAAGAAAAGGAACAGCAUCCUUAGAAGUGUGAACGAACAAAAAUAUAAAGUCAUUAAUAAUGAGCUGAGCUGGAAAUUUGCUCUGUAAAAACAUCCUUAAUUCAACCCUAAAUAACAAAGUUUGGCACAUUGGAAUUGUGCUUGGUAAAGUUCCUGCACUGUUCUGUGUACAAGUACAAAGGGAACAACUAUCUACACUCCCAGUGCUCUAGUAUUACAUUUCUUUAUAACAAGAUUUGUAUUUUCUUCUGAAAUCAUAAUUAAGGGACAGUUGUGGUGUCCAUUUUCUGUAUUACCUACAUGUGUCUAACGUGCCUAAUGAAAAUCUGUUUACCACAAUAGAAAAUGAAUGCAGCAAUAAUACAUUUAAUAGCUGUAAGCAUUUUUGCUUUCUGCCAGAGGUUGUUUCUCAAUCUGUUACACUGCCUUUGCUAUCAAAUACAUCUUGCAGACCUUGUGAGCUUAUAGUGGAAGGCCAUAUGUAUGAUCUGUGCUAGGAAACAAAUACUUUGUGUAAAUCAGUCUUGUACUAGUGAAACUUUAGCUGGAAAUGGCUCACAAUAAACAUCAUAACCUCUCCAUAGAGGAGAGUUUGUUUUCCUAUUAUGCCUUUAACUGGAACAUGGAAUGCAGUGCGCCAAAACUGGCAACACCAACAAGAUAAGGUUAAUUAAUUAUCUUCAGCUAGUAGUUUGGCAACCAGAUAUCAUACAAAGAGAAAAAGACAGCAACUGGGACAGUUGCUGAAAGUGACCCAAUAGAGGACUUUGAUCCAACUGUAGCAUUAGGUGCAAUAGCUCCACCAGGAGAUGUUUACUGUCUAGGAGAUUUAUGUUUGUAUGUUACUAAACAGCUAAUUUUUAAGAAAACAAAAUAAUGUUAUUCAGAUACUUACUAGGAAUUAAUCCCUCUACACCUAUUUCUGUGUGCUACAUUGUAUGCUUGACAAACAAUAGAUUUCAUACAGAUUAAAAUGCAAUGCUGUUUUGGAA